AGUGGAAGUUGUCGGGAUACUGCUUCCGGGUCCGUGGAUGACCUUGAGCCCUCAGGAGCAACAUGGCGGUCCUCUGGCGGCUAGGUGCCCUCUGCGGUGCCCAAGGAGGCCGAGCUCUGUUGCUCCGAACCCAGGUGGUCAGACCUGCUUGUGUCUCAGCAUUUCUUCAGGACCCACCUUCUAUAAGAUAUUGUGGGGUGCAGAAUAUUCACCUGUCUCCCAGCCGCCAUGCUGGUUCCAAGGCUGCAUCUCUCCACUGGACUUCUGAGAGAGUGGUUAGUGUUCUGCUCCUGGGCCUGCUUCCUGCUGCUUAUUUGAGUCCUUGUUCUGCAGUUGACUAUUCACUGGCUGCAACCCUCAGUCUCCACAGCCACUGGGGCCUUGGACAAGUUGUUACUGACUAUGUUCCAGGGGCUACAACACAGAAAGCUGCCAAGGCAGGUGUUUUGGCACUCUCAGCUUUAACCUUUGCUGGCCUCUGUUAUUUCAACUAUCAUGACGUGGGCAUCUGCAAAGCUGUUGCCAUGCUGUGGAAGCUCUGACCUUUUUGACUUGCGCCUUGAAAAUUGAUUCUACACCUUUUUGCCUCUGCUCUGUCAUGCCAUUCAACUCACAAUAAGGAGGGAGUAGCAGAUAAGUUUUUUGAUGAGACACACCUCUUCUGAUCAUCCGAUUAGAAUUUAAUUUUUGAGGAAAAGGUUUGAAAAGAAUUAUAUUUUGUAAAAAAUGAUGUCAGGGUAAAGUGCAUAUUUUGAAUAUAUGUAGCCCUGGGUUCAAUCUGUGGCACCAAAAAAAGAAGAAAGACACAAUUGUGAGACUGAAUUCUCUGUUUUGGUGAGUUAAUAAUGUUUCCCAGCUUCCCAUAAGAUUCUCAUUGUAAUCGUUACGGAACAUGUGAGCUUUUGUCUUUCAGUUUAUCAAACUCUUUAAAGAAGCCCAUUUUUGUUAUUAUCAAUAUCUAAUCAGACUGGAAUGAUGGGGGGAAUGGAAACACUUGUUUCAUAAGUAAAGUCUUUGUACACAUCUUUUCCCAGCCAAAUUAUUAGUAAGAUUUGGUGAUGAAAUAAAAAGGAAGACUGCAGAAAAUUGGCGAUGCUUAUAAUGUGAAAAUACGCCCUCUGUUCCAUUGACAGCAGUUAAUGAUGAUUACAUGUCUAAGAAGACUUUAAAAGUAGGAGGAAAUGCUGAUAUUUUACAUUACUGAUUUCAAAAUCCCAGGAAGAAGACAUUGAAAGCUUCUUAAUAUAUUAAAGUUUCAUUUGGAAAGAGGUCUCCAUAUUAGAUGUUAUCAAAAUAUUGUAGAUUCUAAAUUUGGUCCUCAAAUGUGUUUGUUUUAUUUGUCCUAAAAUAAUCUGUCUACAAAUAUAAAACUCUUAAAGAAAAGUUAUUUUCCCAUUGGGACUCUUUAAUGUGGAAAUGUAUUCUACCAACAUAAUUUUAUAAAAUAAAACACUGUACAACAAAAAUGUGUUCUACCAU